AUGUACUGGGUCAAUGCUGGUGAGAUCUGGUGUUGCCGGUCUUGGUGGGGCACCCCAGGAUCCUCCAGGACUCUAAGCACCCCCAUCCCCGUGGGCUGCUGCACCACAUUCCUCUUUGCCCCAAAACACAAGACCUCUGUCAGCACUUAUGCUGACUCCUACUGCCUGCCAUGGUCUGUCAAAAAGACCAUCAGAGAGCAGGUUCCACUGCAGCUCUGGAAAGAAAACAAGUUUGUGAUGCAGGGAUUAACAAUGACCCUGGUUCGAAAUUUGGUGAGCCAAAGUCAGCCUGAACAGCUGAUUAAGGUGGAGAUGCAGGAGUACUACAGGAAUGUCAUCAACCCUGUUAGCUGGCCAGGUCUGAAGGUAUCGCUGAGGGUACCCCCGCCUGUCAUUUUGGCAUUGCAAAGAAAUAAAACACAGCUUUUUGUCAAUGAGGACAAAUACAUCACAUGGUGAAUGGGUUCCUACAACAGCACAGCCUGGAAUAAGCACUCCUCCGACCUCCCCCUCCUGCCCAAGGAGAUGAGAAUGAAGACCUUCUUGCGCAGCAUACCUGUGCCAUGCCAUCUAAAACCCACCUGCCUCAAUGAAUCUGAGAGGGAAGUGGCCACUGACAUGCUGCGCAAGCUGUUCUCACCACUGUCCCUAACAAGUAAACCUAUGACACCUGUGUACAUCAUGAUGGGGAGGGGAUCCUUCCAAGGGCUACUACGUCACUACUGCCUAUGAGGGAUGGACUAUUACAUUGAUGGGGCCCCUGCCAUCAGAAGGCGUCUCCACACGCUGGCAGAGAGGGUUUGCGCCCGCCCUGUGCCCCCGGUGCGGCUUCGCUUGCUGUGCGCCCUGGCCAUGAGGGGGCUGUCGGGCAGGAAGAGGAGUUGCCGAGACAUGGAGGUGGAGUCGCCGAUCAGAGCCCAGUUUGGGGAACCGAGCAGGAAGUCGGCGCAGAAGAGGCUGGAGCAACCCUGA